AUGUCGAGGAUGGUGAACUGGGCCUCUUUGUUGUACAGAUUAGGGCAAGUUGAAAAGCAAAUAGCAGAAGAAAAAGACACUUUCUGCUCUGUUCUUAGUAUGAGUACUCAAGAUAGAAAGAGAGCUGAUGUUGCUAGGGUCAAACAAGAUAGAAUCAGUGAUCUACCAAGACACAUUUUAGCUAGAAUCGUUGAGCUCUUGUCAGCUAAAGAUGGAGCAAGAACUAAUGUCUUGUCCAGAAAAUGGAGAUUUAUUUGGUCCAUGGUUCCAAGUCUGCUGUUCAAUGACCACUUCUUUGAUAGCUUAGCAGUACAGACUCCAGCUUUCUUCAAACAAACAGUAGAUGAGAUUCUCUUACUCCGCCUUGGAGACAUUCUGAAAUUUGACCUUGAAAUUCCAGAAGCACGUUCGACUUCAUAUGCAGAUAUAGAUAGGUGGAUGCUUUAUGUCACCAGAAAUGGUGUCAAGGAGCUAUCUCUUUUCAUGCCAGGUGAUCCUAGUACUUAUAAACUGCAUUCUUCUGUAUUUAAUUGUCCAACCCUGACAUCUUUGUGCCUAUGCAAUGGUGUCUUCAAACCACCUAAUUCUUUUCUUUGCUUUCCAAAUCUUGAAACCUUCAACCUGGAAGGAGUAACCAUUAUGCCAACCACAAACACUGAGUGUUGUGUUAUCGAAGCCCCCCGUCUCGUCUUUUUGGACUUGUUACACUGUGAUGGAACUCAAUACCUGAACAUAUAUGACAAAGUGGUGGAUAAUCUGAUUCAUGAUGAAAGAUCAACUUUGGAAAAGCUUCUUUUUAGCUUGGCACCUGCAAUUGAGGAAUUUCAUUUGGAUUCAUUUUUCCUUGAGAUGCGGUUCCUAAGAUGCGUUCUCUCGCGCUCAACUGCUUGUGGCGUCUAUCAUUACUUGUGGACUUUGACAAAUUCAGUCCAACUUCUGGCGCUCUACAGUUAUUUAAGAGUCUCCCCAAUUUGA